CUGUACUAUGUCCGCAUUCUCUGGUCAUCUCCUGUACUGUGUCCACAGUCUCUAGUCAUCUCCUGUACUAUGUCCGCAGUCUCUGGUCAUCCCCUGUACCAACGUCCGCAGUCCUCUGGUCAUCUCCUGUACUGUCUGCAGUCUCUGGUCAUCUCCUGUACUGUCUGCAGUCUCUCUGGUCAUUCUCCUGUACUGUGUCCGCAGUCUCUGGUCAUCUCCUGUACUGUCCUGCAGUCUUUGGUCAUCUCCUGUACUAUGUCCGCAGUCUCUGGCCAUCUCCUGUACUGUGGUCCGCAGUCUCUGGUCAUCUCCUGUACUGUGUCACAGUCUCUGGUCAUCUCCUGUACUGUGUCUGCAAUCUCUGGUCAUCUCCUGUACUGUCUGCACUCUCUGGUCAUCUCCUGUACUGUGUCUCGCACUCUCUGGUCAUCUCCUGUACUGUGUCCGCAAUCUCUGGUCAUCUCC